AUUAAGGGGUUACAUAUCCUGGGAAGGACCAAGGGCCGUGUGUGAACCAUAGACAGUAAAACAGUCAACGGUGUGAACUUCAAAAAUGGACAGUGGCGAGACACUAGAAAUGGACCCUAGCGACAACAUAAAUAAGGAUAUCGUCGCUGAAUUGAAAGACGAGAAUACUAGCGUAGCUGUUACCGAAGACAGAGAUGGCCCUUUCAAGAAACCCACAUUCGCACCACCAUCCGUGGUGGGCAAAAGAGGGAAUGCUAAAAGUUGUUCAGACAAGGAGGCCUCCUCCGUUUCAGGCAAUGAAGAUGCUUUGGUGUCCAAAGAUGUGAAGAGGAAUCAUGGUUCUCAUGAUGAGCAGGAGUCGCAAUCACCAGAAGGUGUGAUUGAGGAGAAUGUGUCUCCUAAAACCGACGAAGCUAAAAAUAUGUCUACGCAGUCCAGAGACAGCACGCGUUUACCUACGAAAACGAUACAAGAUGUCAAACCCAAACCAACACCUCCAGCUGGUAAAUUCAAACCAAACCCUCCUCUUCCCUACACUGAGCCCCCGUGGGGACGUCCUGCAGAGAUGCCCUAUGCGUUAGAGAUACUCAAAACAGGGACAAUUGUCGACUCAAUUCCACUUACUCAAAACAGUUAUUUUGUUAUUGGACGCUUACCCCUGUGUGAUGUAUCCUUGGAACACCCAUCAAUCUCGCGUUACCACGCAAUUUUGCAACACAGAGGAGAAAGCGGUGACGCUGGAGAGAUUGGUGAAGAAACUGGAUUCUAUGUUUAUGAUUUGUCUAGCACGCAUGGCACCUUUGUCAACAAGAACAAAAUACCCCCAAAAACCUACAUCAGGCUGAAAGUAGGACAUGUCCUUAAGUUUGGGGGUAGCACUCGACUCUUCAUAUUACAGGGUCCAGAAUCUGAUGAAGAAACAGAGUCAGAACUUACCGUAACGCAAUUAAGAGAAAGAGCCAGGAAGCAGCGAGAGCUGGAAGAGAGGAUGAUGGGAGAUGGGUCUGACGAGGAGAAGGACGAAGAGAAAAGUGACCGCAUCCCUGGGAAGAACUCCACAGACGACUCUGGCUGUUCUUGGGGAAUGGCGGAGGAGGCAGCACCAGAAGAUGAGAAUGAAGAGAACCCGUUUGCCACAGAAUUCCAGGAGGACCAAGAGGCUGCCUACCUCAAGGAUCCCAAGAAAGCACUUCAAGGCUUCUAUGAUCGCGAAGGGGAGGAGUUGGAAUUUGAAUAUGAGGAAAAAGGCCAUGGUUCGUGGCUUUGCAGAGUAAGGCUGCCUGUAGAUGAUGCUCAUGGCAAGCAACUGGUUGCUGAGGUAACACAUACAGGAAAGAAGAAGGAGGCAUCUAUUCAGUGUUCCUUGGAGGCCUGCCGUAUUCUAGAAGCCCGAGGUCUGCUCAGACAGGAAGCAGUUUCCCGGAAGAGAAGAAAGAAAAACUGGGAGGACGAGGACUUUUAUGAUAGUGAUGAUGACAACUUCCUGGAUCGGACUGGCACUGUGGAAAAAAAGAGGAAAGAACGCAUGAAGAGGGCUGGAAAGGUUGAGGACCAGCCAGCCUCAUAUGAAUCGCUGACCUUGAAGUUGAAUGACGUGGAGAAAGAGAUCGCAGAGACAGAGAACAAACUCCGCUCUUCAGAGAAAAGUGGUCAGCGGGCUUCCUCUGAUGACCCGCUGGAUGCCUUCAUGAACGUGGUGUCCAGUGAGAUCAAGCUGGACAGUGUGGAGAGGAAGAAGCUCCAUGUCCAUAUUGCUGAGCUUCGCAAGGAGGCGCAGCGCUUGCACAGACUGAUCGAUCUUACCCGGCCCACUCAACUUCCCUCUCUGCAGGCAAGUGGAUCUAACCCAGACAAGCCGAAAAAACCAGCAUUGCCGAUGUUUGGUGCCAUGAAGGGAGGCAGCAAGUUCAAACUGAAGACUGGAACCAUAGGGACAUUGCCCCCGAAGCGAGCAUGUCUACCUCCUGAACUCUUCAACAUGAAAGAGAUGCCUAAAGGGGGUGAGGAAGAGGAGGAGGAGGAAGAAGAAAAAGAAGAAGAAGAAGAAAAGGAAGAGCACGCUGAGGAGGAACCACAGGCCAAUGUGUCUACAUUAAAGGGACAUCCUGAAGCCAAGGACAUGCCUAUGUCUGACAGAGUUGAGAAGGAACAGCAUCAUCACCCAGAAGACGCAAUUAGGCCUCAUUCAGGUACUGAAAAGGAACACUUGGAAUCACCAAGACAACAAAUUAAAGAGAAGAGUACAGAUAAGAGGCCUAGGAAGCCUAUGGGCCCUGCCAGGCCCCCCAGUGCCCUUUCAGGAAGCUACCCUGAGGACGAUCCCGACUACUCUGUCUGGGUACCACCAAUAGAUCAGUCAGGGGACGGCAGGACUCAUCUCAAUGAUAAAUACGGCUACUGAGGAUGUUACAAGAUUUUCAAAUGCUUACCAAACUAUCCUCUAUCAAACCAGCCAGGCACUAGUUCACCCUCCACCUGUAUGUAGUCUUUAACCCCCUCUUUACACUAAGAGAAAAGUCUGCCUUUCUGGAGACACUUCACUCACAAACAUCUCAACGCCGCUGUAGAACUGUGCUCAGUACUGUGUCAAAGCACUUAAUUAAUUUUGUUUUCAAGAUGGUAAAGGACAGUUUUGUUGUUUGACCAAAUUUGGAAGAGGCCACUGACUGUCACACAUUUAUUUUUUUAGGCCUUGUACUGUAUAUUUUCCGACUUCUCGACCUGUGUCUGUACUUAUGAAACCAAGAAUGUUUUUUUGGCCUGUUUUUGGAACGCUCUCACAGGGUCCCAUUGUAAAUCUCUUCAACUCCCUCAACCAACAUACAAUUUUAAGAAGUAAUGUAAUCUCUUUUGAUAAAUAAAUCAAUUAAAGUCAAACAUUGAUUGUC